AUGGGCGUGCCAUACAAGCGACCCUCAAAUACGGAGUUCGAGACGCCCUACGCAGUGUUCGAGGCCAGCCGAGGAUGGACGUCUCGUGAGGCCCCGAGGCCUGGGCCGCACGUUUCACCAAACAGCAGCGCACGGUUCCCUCUCAUCACCUCUCGUCGACUGGAAACUCCACGCGACGCGACACACGAGCGCAGGGGCCCAUCUGCAAAAAGACCCCACCGCCCCCCUCGGCCCUCCCCGGCCAAUCACCGGCUGACCCCGCCGGCGCGCGCCAUGGCCGCCGCCCGGGACUCCGCCAAGCAGCCGCUCCUCCACCGCGCGCACCCGCCCCACGUCGCGUCGGCGUCCUCGCCGGCCCUCCCGUCCGUCCCCCCCGGGUCCGCGGGCCGCCGCUUCCCGGGGGGGCUCGACGUCCCCAACCUGAAGAAGCGCGGCGGCGGCACGCGCAGCUGGAUCCGCGUCGAGGCCGCCACGGCCUCCGUGCAGACGCUGGAGAUCGACAAGGCCACCAUGAUGCGGCGCUGCGAGCUCCCCGCGCGGGACCUCCGCCUGCUCGACCCGCUCUUCGUCUACCCCUCCACCGUCCUGGGGCGCGAGCGCGCCAUCGUCGUCAAUCUCGAGCAGAUCCGGUGCGUCAUCACCGCCGACGAGGUGCUCCUGCUCAACUCCCUCGACAGCUACGUCCUCCAGUACGCCGCCGAGCUCCAGCGACGCCUGCUCCAGCGCGCCGAGGGCGACGAGCUGCCCUUCGAAUUCCGCGCGCUCGAGCUCGCCCUCGAGGCCGCUUGUUCCUUCCUCGAUGCACAGGCGGCAGAAUUGGAAAUUGAAGCAUAUCCACUAUUAGAUGAGCUGACAUCUAAAAUCAGUACUUUAAAUUUGGAACGUGUCCGGCGACUCAAAAGUAGGUUAGUUGCUUUGACCAGAAGAGUUCAGAAGGUUAGAGAUGAAAUAGAACAGCUAAUGGAUGAUGAUGGUGAUAUGGCUGAAAUGUAUCUCACCGAGAAAAAGUUGAGGAUGGAAUCAUCUGUGUUUGGUGAUCAGUCUUUGUUGGGUUACAAUUCAGCAGGCGCUGCUGGGACGUCAGCUUCAGCUCCUGUAUCUCCAGUCUCAUCACCCACAGAAUCACGAAAGCUGGAGAAAGCUUUCAGCUUGUGUAGAAGUAGGCAUGAUAGUGUGAAGAGCUCAGAUAACACAACAACAGAACACAUUCAGGAGUUGGAGAUGUUACUGGAAGCUUAUUUCGUUGUCAUCGACAGUACUCUCAACAAGCUGACAUCGCUUAAAGAGUACAUCGAUGACACGGAAGACUUUAUCAACAUUCAGCUGGACAAUGUGCGGAACCAGCUGAUCCAGUUUGAGCUGCUGCUAACGACUGCAACAUUUGUUGUAGCCAUUUUUGGAGUGGUCGCUGGGGUAUUUGGUAUGAACUUCGAGACUACAGUUUUCAAAAUACAGAACGCGUUCCAGUGGGUCCUCGUCAUUACUGGAGUGGUCGGUGCUUUCAUCUUCUGCUCGUUCCUUUGGUUCUUCAAGUACAAGAGACUGAUGCCUCUGUAGAGUGUAUAUGCUUCACAUAGGACCGAUGUAUUACUCGAUCAUCUCUCAGUUUCCGACCACACUGCUGAGGUACUCGAUCAGAACCCUGAAUUUCUGCCGUUGUAAAUGCCAUUCUUUUACAGGUUUACGGCAUGCCUACCGAGAGUUCGGGUGAAAAAAUUGUAAUUCUCCUGACAUGGUGGCUGUGAUGUAAAGGGAAUAACAUUACAGUUUAUAGAAAUAAAUACCAAUCAGUUCUACAUCCAAGAA